CGUCAAUCUGACCGGUUUCGCAAUAUCGCAAUGCCAUCUGGUCACGUCACGUGCCAGGUGCCAUAGUCCAUGGCGCGACGGUCGCACGAGCUGCCACGUAAUGUUGUGUGUGCCGUUCGUUCGCUUUUCGCUAGUUCGCUCAUGAAUUAUUGUUGCUGAGAGACCCUCGUCUUGCGGUGAUUCGUGGAGGCUAGAACACGGCAACGAGGGCAAUGCGCGAGAUCGCGUCUAUCCGUUCCUAAUUCUCGGCGAUUCGUAUUCGACUUACGAAGUGUUGAAGCAACAAAAUGUCACAGUCAAGUGGUUACCAGUAUCCGUUAUACACAGAUUCCAACAAUUCUUUGAAAAAUGAGCCACCUCCCAUUGUAAAUGGUCAAAAUCCCACAUCUCAGCAAAAUGGAAUGCAGUCUUCUCAGUUCAACUUAACUGGCACACCGUCAUCUCAAUCGUCACGUGACCCGUCCAGGGAGACUUCUAGAGAUCCGUCACCAACACAAUAUCUUCACAAUCAAUAUCGUCCUCAAUUGCCACGACCACCAAUGCCACCAAUAAACGGUCCUCAGAACUCGAAUGUGUUGCCUCCACCACCUAGAACAUCACAACCAUAUAGUUCUGGAAAUCUCUAUAGUGCUCAUAGCCAGCAGUAUGUCGCGAGCACUCAUAACGUUGUAGUCAGCACAUCUUCAGCUGCUUUUGUAUCUCAGCCUAGCCAAGAAAUUAAACAUCGACAACCUACGAUUCCUUCAAAUCAGAUGCCCUCGGUAGCAAAGAAUCUGACUCCAGUGUCUGCACCGUCGAUAUUUGCGGAUAAGCCAGAACCGACUAAAGUAAACCAAAGUUAUCAGUGGGCGACUAAUUCCCCACCUACCAACAUUCCGCAGGGUACUAUAGGCGUUUCUGGAGUAUCCAGUAGCAUCGACAAGCCUAGUCAAGUCUCAACGGAUCAAACUGUGGAAAGUCAGACGUCUUUUACUAGAACAAAUAAGACUCUGUUGUAUAAUCAAGGACAUCCCAUCCCUCCACCUGCAUCCUCCAACGCUACCAAUCUACCUCCUUCGAAUAUCACGCAUCAUUUAAAUCAAAACAAUUAUGUACAGCAAGAACCAGUGAAUUCCAGUAUACAACCUCCAAGGACUCAUUUCAGCCAAGCACAAUCGAUAAUUAGUUCUUCUGCAAGCUUAAGUAAUCCGCAAUUCAAAUAUGGAAGUCAACCACAGAGUGCAUCUAGUGCAUCGCCAAUGCCAAAUUCAAGCACACAGAAUUUAUUUUAUAGUGCACAAGGCCACAAUGUAGGUCCACGAAAUCCUCAUGAUUAUAGUCCCCAGUCUCAAAAUUUACUUACUGGUUAUAUGGAUCCCACGGGAUUGGGAAAUAUUCCUCAAGGUCAAAAUGUACAUCAGAAUUUAGUUGACUCGAGGCAAUAUCCACAACAAGACACUGCCAAUACCGCGAUGCUACCGCCUUCAGGAGGUAACCAGUUACAUGGUACAAGAUUACCUCCGCCUGGAAUGCCUCCUCUUCCAGGACAAACGUACGAUCCUCGUUCACAAUAUUCUGGCCCGAUGACGAACGUUCCAUUAGAUUCGUCAAAUAGAAGGUAUCCUAAUGUAUAUCCUGACCAAUUAAAUCAAUUAAACAAUCAGAUGGACAAUUUGAACGUCGCACAAGUUGGCUACAACAAAAUAUGGGGGAUGGUAUCGAUAGACCUCUUACAGUACCGAAAUAUACUGCCACCUGAAAAAGUCGAACCACCAAAGAUCAAGUUGCAUCAGGAAUUUCUGGAUUCCGUAAAUUGUAAUCCUGAGAUAUUUAGAUGUACAUUGACAAAAGUCCCAGAAUCAAAUUCGCUUCUGCAGAAAUCAAGAUUACCAUUCGGCGUACUAAUACAUCCUUUUAAAGAUCUAAAUCAGCAUUUAGCGGUGAUUCAAUGUAAUACGAUCGUGCGUUGUCGAGCUUGUCGAACAUAUAUCAACCCAUUUGUAUACUUCGUCGAUUCGAGACGAUGGAAAUGCAAUCUUUGUUUCAGAUUGAAUGAACUUCCUGAAGAAUUUCAAUUUGAUCCUGUGACGAAAUCAUAUGGCGAUCCAUCGCGACGACCAGAAGUCCGAACCGGCACGAUAGAGUUUAUCGCGCCAAGCGAGUACAUGGUCCGUCCACCUCAACCCGCUGUUUAUCUCUUUGUUCUGGACGUUUCUCGUCUCGCGGUGGAAAGUGGCUAUCUGCGGAUCGUUUGCAACACCAUCGCCGACGAACUGUCGCAUCUCCCCGGCGAUAGUCGCACCCAAAUCGGUUUUCUUGCUGUUGAUUCUACUCUGCACUUCUUCAGCAUGCCCGAUAAUGUUUCGCAACCGCACGAAAUGAUUAUGCUGGAUAUCGACGACGUGUUUCUACCGUGUCCAGACAACCUAAUUGUAAAUCUGAAAGAACGUGAAGAGCUUGUGCGCGAUCUUCUUGCACAGCUUCCUGUCAAAUUCUGUGGUACUAAUGAUACUAAUAGUGCUCUUGGCGCCGGCCUUCAAGCUGCCCUCAAACUUCUCUCUCCCACUGGAGGACGUGUAACCGUUUUUCAAACGUGUCUACCUAACAUUGGUCCAGGGACCCUGCAACCGAGAGAAGAUCCCAACACUAGAGUGAACAAAGAUGUGCCACAUCUUAAUCCCGCAACGGAUUUCUACAAAAGAUUUGCUCUAGAUUGCAGUGGGCAACAAAUCGCAAUUGAUCUGUUCUUGUUGAACAGUCAAUACAGCGAUCUAGCAACUUUAUCAUGUGUGUCGAAGUUUACGGGUGGCUGUAUUUAUCAUCUGCCACUGUUUCGAGCAUCGAAAUUACAGAAUAUUGAAACUUUAGAAAGAUUACUUCGUCGUUAUUUAAUGAGAAAGAUCGGCUUUGAGGCGGUGAUGCGACUACGUUGUACUCGCGGUCUCAGCAUUCACGCCUUCCAUGGCAGCUUUUUCGUUCGAUCGACUGAUCUCCUCUGUUUGCCAAAUAUUAAUCCGGAUGCUGGUUUUGGCAUGCAAAUUUCUAUUGAUGAAAAUCUUUCCGAUGUGCAGAACGUAUGCUUCCAAGCAUCUCUUCUGUAUACUUCAAGCAAAGGUGAACGAAGAAUUAGAGUGCAUACUUUAUGCCUGCCAGUUGUCACGAGUCUGUCGGAUGUAUUACAUUCUGCAGAUCAACAAUGUAUAAUUGGCUUAUUAUCAAAAAUGGCUGUCGAUCGAUCGCUUCAGUCAUCGUUGUCAGACGCUAGAGAUGCAUUAAUUAACGUCGCUAUCGACAUUCUGUCUGCGUACAAACUGGCACAAUCUUCCAGCGGUGGAGGACUUAUUGCUCCAGGAAGUUUAAAACUGUUGCCCUUAUACAUCAUCGCAUUGUUGAAGAGUGUAGCGUUCAGAUCCGGCACGAGUACACGUUUGGAUGACCGCAUAUUCGCCAUGUUUCAACUGAAAACAUUGCCGUUGGGACAGUUGAUACAGGUGGUUUAUCCUGAUUUGUAUCCCGUUCACAUGCUCGACGACCAUAACGCGAAAGAUAUCGACGGCAAAGUAUGCCCACAGCCGCCUCGGCUAAAUUUAUCCGCCGAGAAACUCGAUAGCCGAGGCAUCUUUCUUUUGGACGCUGGCGACAGAAUCCUUAUUUACAUUGGCAAGAAUAUCAAUUCGCUUCUCUGUUCUAAUGUGUUCGGCACUUCAGCGUUUGCUUCUAUUCCAGAGGAAAUGUAUGAAUUACCGGAAUUGGAUACGAUAGAAAGCGAACGAUUACGAAACUUUGUAUUUAGCUUGCAAGAGGAAAAACCAUACUACGUACCUCUACAAAUUAUCAGAGACGACAGCCAUUUCAGGUCAUUGUUCGUCGAGCGAUUGAUAGAGGAUCGAUUCGAAUCUGCUCUUAGCUAUUACGAGUUCUUACAGCAUCUCAAGACGCAGGUGAAGGAGUGACCAAGUUAAUAAAUUCGUGUGUAACACCAACUCCUGCUCGGAGGUGUUAAUCAUUAAGGAUUAUGGAAUCGUAAUGGAAACAAUCGCGCAAUUGAAAAAUUACGCGAUCCGUUACAAUCAUUAAUCGAUCAUGGGUCAUUCGGGAUAUUUUGGGACAUGUCGCGUGAUACAAGAUUUAUUAUGCCAUUUACUUAUGCAGCAGUGACAGCCUUAUUGAAAGACACUGACGCAUUUAAAUACGAUAGAUUGUAUAAUUAUUGUUAUUAUUAUUAUUACAUUAUUGAUUAUUUACCAUCGGUGUAGCCUCGUCAUAUGAAGUUGCGUUCUCGUUGGGCGUCACUUGAGUUAAAUUUCUUCAACUCGUCUAGUAAAAUAAUAUUCAUUUUUUAAGUUUUUGUGUUAUAUCUAAUAAUAAUUUUAACCCGAGAUUUAUUUGUUCAGUAGGAAAAUUUUUUUCACAAUAAUUGAAUAGUACCAGCAUGAUAAUGCGUUAGCAGCACGUCAAUUUUCUCUAUCGUAAAAUUGUUAGGAUUGAGCAUUUCUUCUAAUCUAAGAUUUCUCUCGGUUCCCGUUCUUUUAUCGCAAUGACACGUAUAAAUGGAAAUGUCAUUGUCCGCUGUCUUUCACUCUACUCACGUCACUUUUUAUCUACUUGUGAUUAUGUGAUGAAUAAGCGAGAGAGAAAGAGAGAAAGUGAAAAUGCAGCGCAAAGAGAGAGUCCUCUUAGUUUAGAGGAAUGGCUGGCUUGAAAUAGAGAAAAUCGAUCAUUUUCGAUGAUGUUUGUAUAAAAUAUAUAUAUAUUUUUAAUUAUGUUUUUCUUUUCUUUUAAUCACUAUAUGGAAGUAUCGUUAUUGUCGCAAUACGCAAGUGUUCUUACCUUUAAAAAAUACUACUUUCGAAAAAAUUCUGAAGAUAUUAGUUAUAAAUACUUAUAUGCAAUAGAAAGGGAGUUAAAUAAGUGCAAUUUUGCAUUUUCAAUAUAAAUAAUAAUAAAUGAAAGAUGCUUGCGGGCUGAAUGCCGCCAAAUGAAGAUAUUUCGCGAUGAUGAACAAAUACGCUCUUGUAAUUUAAUCACCUGUAGGCGAUAAAAUGAGCAAAGAGGGGAUAACGAAAACUCGUGAAAAAAUUAUAUUAUCCGUCUCCAUGUCAUUCCUUGGACAAUGACAUAUUGUUAAUUCGCAUGUAAAAUUGUGGCUUUACGAUGAGCGAAGUCAUAGCAACAAUUUUAAUCGACGAACAUUACAAUUAAGAUAUUGUUACAAUUGAAUUAAUUAAUUAAUUAAAUAUUGUAAAAUAUAAGGAAGGAGAGAUGAUGAGAGAGAGAUGAUUUUGCGCCAAUGUAAAAUAUAUAAAUCGAGGCGUAAAGCUCGCCUGUAAAGGACUCUAUAACAAAAUAAAAUAAUGGUGAACAAUAGCACUAGCAAGUGUUAUAAGAAAUAAACAAGUGAAUAUUGUAAAAUAAUUGUAUUACUCGUACUUUGUCAUGCUGCCAAACGGGGCUGCUUCGGCGUAGUUUCUUUUUUCAUUUUACAAUCCGCCGAAAGCAGAAACAGCGUAUGACGAUUUAGAGAGUCUAUUAUUUAAUAAUUAUACACACACACACACACACACACAUAUAUAUAUAUAUAUAUAUAUAUAUAUACGGGAAGUAAUUUUACAUUCGUUGUUAUGUCCUUUAACAAUUCCCUAACCCGUGUAUAUCGCUUAAUUUUUAUAAACUGUCAACUAUACAUAUU